AUGUUAUUGCCGCGAGCUCUCUUUACAUCCCUUUUCAGCCUUGGCCUCGCAGCUGCUCUGCCCACAGCAAUCCCAGACCACCCCACCACACUCUUCACCCGCCAAGACGUCCAGUCCGCCAUCAACGCCUCCCUCCCCAACGUCACCAUCUUCGCAACAGGCGGCACCAUCGCCUCCCAAGGCACCUCCAACACCCAAACCGUCGGCUACUCCGUCGGCCUGGGAGUCCAACAACUCAUCGACGCGGUCCCCGAAAUCCUCAACAUCAGCAACAUAGCAGGCUACCAAGUCUCCAAUGUCGGGUCAGGAAGUAUCAAUGAGACGAUCCUGCUGCGACUCAAUGAACUGAUCAACAUCGAAUUGGCCAAGGAGGAUGUCGCGGGUGUGGUUGUCACGCAUGGCACAGACACGCUUGAGGAGACGGCGUUCUUCCUGCAACUCGUGGUUAAUAGCACGAAACCUGUGGUGUGUGUGGGUGCUAUGAGGCCUGCUACGGCGCUGUCGGCGGAUGGGCCGCUGAAUCUUCUUCAGGCUGUUACGUUGGCUUCGGCGCCGAAUGCUGUUGGACGGGGCACGAUGAUUACGCUCAACGAUCGGAUUGGUAGUGCGUGGUAUACGACGAAGAAUAAUGCGAACUCGCUGGAUACGUUCUACUCGACUGAAGCGGGACAGUUGGGGUUCUUUAUCAAUCAGGUGCCGUACUUCUAUUUUGAUCCUGCUCUGCCGGUUGGUUUGACGCAGUUCGACCUUACUGGCGUUACGGACCUGCCUAUGAUUGAUAUCCUCUACGCACAUCAGGAUAUGGAUCCGGGGCUAUUCAAUUCUUCUGUCGUUAAUGGCGCUGAGGGUAUUGUGCUGGCCGGGGUCGGGGCAGGCGGAAUGUCUGCUCGAGCAUCGAUUGCUGCUGAGGCUGUCUACAAUGCGACUGGGGUGGCGAUGGUGGCUAGUCAUCGUAGUUCUGACGGAUUUGUGCCGUCUUCAGAAGGGGGUUUUGCCAUUGCGAGUGGGUUCUUAAAUCCGCAGAAGAGUCGAAUUUUGUUGCAGUUGAGUUUAGCGCUUGGUUAUUCGAAUGAGGAGGUUGCCGAUGUCUUUGCGGCUACUUAUCCCGCACCAGUUGCGGCAGCGAUGAGGAAGAGGAGGUGA